CAAACAUUUCCUCAUGUCAAUUUGUGUCAUUUAAGCGCACUUUUAUCUAACAUUUACAAAUAACCAAGUUAUGCUUUCGAACUAACAUUGAAUGAAUUCAAAUAGAUUGGAUUUUAUUAAAACAUAAACAGACGCAACCAAUUUAGGCAACUUCAAUGCACUCUUAGUUGCAUGAUGAUCGGAGCUAUUGGAUUCGGAAUUAUAUUAGAACUUUUUAUUUCAGAUAUUACAGCUCAGGAUGACUGUAGUGAUUGCAGCUGUUGUAACAACGGCGACUGUGAUUCGUCUAGAACAUGCACGUCGGGUUGCAAAAACGGGUACUGGCACGAUAGAUGCGACAAAAAGUGCACCAACAAUUGUGCUAGAUGUUCUCAGUAUAAUGGUGAUUAUUGUUAUGAUUGUCAACAAGGAUACUAUGUUAGAUAUAAUAACCUCUGCGGAAAAUGCCGUUAUUCUGGCUGUACUUGUACCUAUUAUUCUGGUUGCGAUGAGUGUUUAGAAGGUUACUAUGAUCCUAGUCGUAGAUGCAUUGAAUGUCCAAACAACUGCAAUAAAUGUACCAGCUCAAGCAGUUGCUCAUCAUGCAAUCAAGGUUUUUAUGGAUCUUACUGCCAAUACCUGUGCUCGUCCGGCUGUGUAGACGGAAUAUGCGAAAGAGCAACUGGAACGUGUAUUUGUAAAACCGGUUGGACUGAUAGUAAAUGUAACAAAUGUUUACCCAAUUACUAUGGCGAUCAAUGCUCGCACCGCUGCAGAGCAGAAUGUUCAGAAUGUGACGACUUUAACAGCUGUCAGUCAUGUGUUAAGGGAAACUAUGGGUCAUAUUGUCAGAACACUUGCGGCAAAGGAUGUGUCAAUAAUGAGUGCUACAAAUCAAAUGGUCAGUGUCAAUGCCAAAGCAAUUUAUUCGUAGGAUACCAAUGCGAUACCUGUGUCCCAGGUAAAUAUGGACAAAACUGUAACAUAGAAUGUCCUGGCUCGUGUUAUUCUUGUACUGAAGCGACAGUCUGUACCUCAUGCAAAACUGGCUUCUUCGGUAAAAUUUGUGAACAUAACUGUUCUGAAUCGUGUACGAGUUGCUCACAAUUAGGACAAUGUGUGUCUUGUAGCACAGGAUAUUCACACCCAAGAAGACAAUGUAUUUGUCAGGACAAAAUGUGUUCUACACCUGACAAUUGCGAUAACUGUAUAAGUAACGAAUAUUAUCCAGACAACGGAUCAUGCUGUCCCUGUUCAUUGUUACAGCAUUGUAAGUCAUGCAAUGUGACUUCAAAUGUAACCAAGUGUACUGCAUGUGAUGAAGGUUUCUAUCCAAACGAGAGUGGUGAAUGUGUUAACUGUAGCAUAACAUGCAUAGAUGGCCAAUGUGAUUCGCUAACAGGAGAAUGUAAGACAGGUUGCGAAAGCGAUAACUGGGGUCAAUUUUGCGAACACAAGUGCAAUGAAUCAUGUUAUACAUGCAACCGAUCUAAUGGUGAGUGUUUGGCGUGUGCUUCAAAAAUGAAAUAUGGGCCGAAUUGUAACAUUAACUGCAGUGAGACCUGCGUUGAUAAAGAAUGCUAUAUAUCUGGAAAAUGUAUCAACGGGUGCUUAAAAAACAACUAUGGAGAAAUGUGUGAAAAUGAGUGCGACAAAAAUUGUAUCUCGAAAGGUUUUGGGACAAGAUGUUCAUCUGAAAGUGGAGAAUGUCUUCACGGUUGCACGCCUGGCUACACAGCAGUUGUGUGUCAUCAAAUGCCUCAAGGUGAAACACAGACUCUUGGUGGCUCACCAGCAGCCGCUAUAGGUGGAGGUGUUGCAGGCGGUGUGAUACUAAUCAUUGGCGUCAUCGCAUUCCUUCUACUCAAGAAAAGACGUGCUGGAAAUAGUAACAAAGCAUCGACAACAUUAAAGACUGCUCAAAAUGACAAACAGGUUGACUCAUCAGCGGUCUAUGCGACUGUGAAUAAAAACACUGUUCAACCCGACGCCAUUUAUGCGAACACUGUUGACGAUACCCCACAGAUAAUCUUGAUUUCCAAUCCAAGUUAUCAAACGCCCACAGAGAAGAACACUAGUUCAGAAAUGACUUGCAAAGAAGACAAUCUUGAAAUUGACGACGAGGACGCUAUUGCACGGGAUAUCGCUAUUAGGUUUGAAGAAAAUGGAGGAGUGUAUUACAACAAUGCCAAUGAGGUUAACAAAACCAAAGUGAAAGUUGAGGAGUUACCUGCGUAUGUAACUGACAAAACGAAAAACUCGUAUGAAGAAGAGUUUGAGAAAUUUCCAUACGGUCUUACAAAACCGUUCGAAGAUUCACAAAAGGCUAGCAAUAUGUUACGCAACAGAUAUAAAGGAAUUUACCCCUAUGACGAUGCACGGGUGAAGAUUCUGUACAAUGGAUCUGAUUAUAUAAACGCAAGCUUUAUUGAUGGUUUUAAAAGAAGAAAUGAGUACGUUGCAACUUUAGGUCCGAUGUCUAAACAACUUGGAGACUUUGGAUUGUUUUGGGAAAUGGUCUGGCAGCAGAAAAUAGAAAAAGUUGUCAUGGUCACCAAUUUAAUUGAGGAAAACAAAGGGAAAUGUGACCAAUACUGGCCGAAUGUUGGAUCGUCUGCCCGUUACGGAAACGUUAACGUUACUUGUCUGUCAGAAGAUGAGUACGCUGAAUUUACCAGACGAACUUUUCACAUAUCUCAGAGUUCUGCAGAGAGAAAACUCCACCAGUUCCAUUUCACGUGUUGGCCAGACAGAAGUGUCCCUGAGGAUGUUACUUCUCUUGUGGAGUUCAGGCAAAUGGUCCUGAAUACUUCGACAAAGCUGAACGGUCCAACAGUGGUUCAUUGCAGUGCUGGUGUUGGACGAACGGGCACCUAUAUUGCUCUUGACAUCCUGACGAAGGAAGGAAUAGCGGAAGGGAGCAUUGACAUCCCCGGAUGUGUGCUCAACAUGCGACAGAACAGGCCCAACAUGAUUCAAACACUGGAGCAGUAUCAGUUUCUCCACAGAGCCCUUGUUCACUCAUUAACGUUGGACUGUAACCCGGUGAAAGGGGAGAGUUAUCAGCGGUUCUUGGACAGCCUCAAUGACGGUGAUAGGGCGAAGUUGUUUCAGCAAACCCAGUUCACAGCGGAAGAAUAUUCAGAGAAAGAAUCUCAGGCGAUCGCGAGAAACAAAACACUCAAGGGCAAAAAUAGACCAAACGCCGACAUUCCAGGUGACGGGAACAGACCCCGGCUGAAUAAAGGCAUAAAGGAGGGCAGAUCGGAUUACAUUAAUGCUGUUUUUAUAAACGGUCAUCGGACGAAGAAUCGCUAUUUGGUUGCACAAACACCUUUGCCAGAGACAGUCGAUGAUUUCCUAACGCUCAUUUAUCAAGAGUCUUGCUCGUGUAUUGUCAGCUUUGAAACGGACAAUGGAAAUAAUAAGAGCGUGGGCUCAUAUUUCCCUGCUGACAAUCAAGUGUUAAAGACAGGGGCGUUCAGUGUGAAAAGUUUACGGCAAGAUGGGAAGGAUUAUUACACAAAAAGAACUCUGAUGUUGGAGCCAACGGGACAAAAUAAGGAGACUGUCAUAAAAAGCAUUCCGCAACUAGCGUUCAGUGCCUGGGACAGUUCGAAAAAUACUCCAAGGUCCGCAUCAGAGUUUAUGGACUUCAUUAACUAUGUUGAGGAGGCAUCAAGAGCAUCUACAUCUCGAGGACCAAUUCUCAUUCACUGCAUUGACGGAGCCAGCAAGAGUGGUUUGUUCUGUGUUGUUUCCCUGCUCAUACAGAAGAUGGCCGUUGAACACGAGGUCAGUGUUGUAAACGCUGUCAGAAAGAUCAAGGCAAGGCGAAUGUUCGCUAUUCCAAUCCAGUCCCAGUUGGAGUUCUGCCAUGAGUGUGUUCUGGCGUACAUCAAGUCUUUUGAAAACAACAUGUACUCAAACUUCGGGGAAACACUCUGAAAUGUCAGAAGUGUGUUCAAGCGGACAUGGAUUCUUUUGAAUACAACUUUUACUCAAACGUUUGCGAAACACAUAAAAUAACAACCCGAAGUUCAACAUUCCCAAAUAGUUAAACGGGAUUAAAAGGAUAAAACCCAUUGUACUUUAAAUUGUAAGAUAUUGCUGUAUAAACCUAGAUUGGACGGGAAACAGCUGAGCAGCUGGCCAUAAGAUUCAAAAAGUCUUUGGGGAAAGGCGGGUAGUUGUCAUUCUAGCUUUUUAAAGUAUUUUCUACAUAUCAUUUACGCAAAAUUCGUGUAUUAUAAUGUUUAUAAAUUCUAUAUUUAUAUAAAGUAUGUACAAAUCUCAGGAACAUAGCUGCAGAUGUUAUGAGUGUGCUCUAGUAUACAUGCACUUCGACUUUGGAUAAAGGCAUUUAGACAUUUAGAAGAGAUUAGAAUUGUUUGAUCAUACUGUAUUCCAAAUGUUUCAGGGAACAAGGAACUAUGAGUGUGUUCUAACGUAAAUCUAAACUGUGGAAAUGAAAAUGUUCUACAUAUAAUUUUGAUUUGGUGUUCAUAGCGUACCACUAGUUUCAGGACUUCAACAUUGGAGAAAGGAAUUGAGGCGUUGGUGCAAUGACAUGUAUCUUACAUCAUGAGUUAUCAUAUGAUGUUUGGGUUGUAGUAAAAGAUUGUCGUUCGGUUUUUCAAUAUAUAUGCAACACAUUACUUACCAUGUACAUAAACUGUAUAUGUAUUACUUAAUUCAAUUACAUGAUUCAAAGCGUAAUGCUCUGAUCACGCUUUACAUAGAUAACUUCGGCUGCAAACAAUAUUAGUAUUCACAACAUUGAGUGUUGAGUUCAGUUCUCAUCCGAAGAUCAUUUCUGUAUUUUAUAACAAUUCAAAUAGCUCUUUAUCAAAGAUGUUCUGUGCCGUGACGCGGAUCAAUACAUUUUCUAUAUAGAAACGGAUUAAAAACAUAUAUUAUAGACCUGGCAUUGAAAUAUUGUUGUUUUUUAAUAUGUGAUAAUAAUCCUUUAUAAUACAAUAUUAUAUUAUAAUUGGAACAGCAUGUACGAAUUUCCGUCGACUGUCAAAUGUAUUAAGACUUGGAUCUGAUAAAGGUAGUACCGAAAUUUUAAAGAUUUGUACAUGUAUACAUCAUAUGCUAUUCAGUAAAUAGG